AUGGUGCUUGAGUUCCGUGAGAUGCUCGGGCGGCAUGGGGGCAGGGAGAUGGCGCAGGUGGUUGAGGAGACGGUUGUGCAGUGGGGGUUGGAGGGGCGUUGUCUUGGUUUCACGACAGACAACGCCUCUAGCAACAUUGCCACCUUCAGGCGGAUGUCGGAGGAGGGUGGUGGUCAGUGCUUCUUCAACUCGUGCAUGCACUUCCGGUGCUUGGCACACGUGAUAAACCUUGCAGUGCAGGCAGCACUGUCUGGCUUGUUGAAGACCGACAAGAAGAAGGUGGAGAGUCUGCGCCUGACAGACGCAGACUGGGAGACCCUGCAGGCGGUGAAGACAUUCCUAAGCCCCUUCGCCAAGCCGAUGAUCGUGGCGGCGCUGAGCCACUUGAAGAAGUACGUGUACAUCACCAGCAACGAGUACUGGAUCGCCACCUUCUUGGACCCAUCCAUGAAGGCGGCGUGGUUCGACGACGCGCAUUGGGAGAAGCUGCAUCCCGAGACCGAUAGGAGGGUGAGGCCGCAUCCAGCGUCUGGCGAGGUGAUCAAGCUGGUGCGCGACCGCGUGGCCGAGUACCAGGCCCGGGCUGCAGAGCUUGCUCCACGGCCGACCCCACUUGCCCCCGUUGCGGAGGAGGGAGACGAGGCGGAGAACGACGAUGAUGCGCAGUUUCUCCCUAGUCGCCGACGACUUGCGGCGCGUCUGUCGGCGAGCCAGGAGGCGGGGGGGGGUGGGAUGGUGUAG